GGUUUGCUAAUUAUGUACGCGGUUGUUCAAUGUAAUUGGACAUUUUGACCCUUCUCAGGAGGUGCGUUCAGUAUGAGCGGAACAUUGGCACCCAGCAAGAGCACUGUGUAUAUUAGCAAUCUACCCUUCUCUCUGACAAACAAUGACCUACAUCAGCUACUGCUUCCUUAUGGCAAGGUCGUAAGGAUAACAGUAGUAAAAGACCGACAGAGCCGCAAAAGUAAAGGUGUUGCAUUUGCUCUGUUUUUGGAUCGCAAUGACGCGAGGCAAUGCGCUAUGAAACUUGACAAAAGCCAACUGUUUGGUCGCACUUUGAAGGCAUCCAUUGCACGGGAUAAUGGUAGAGCGUCGGAGUUCAUUCGUCGGCGUGAGUACCCGAACAAAUCUCGUUGCUAUGAAUGCGGGGAAUUCGGUCACUUAAGUUACAAAUGCUCGCGGAAUGCACUUGGCGAAAGAGAGCCCCCCGUGAAGAAGAAGAAAAUUCGCAAGCGGAUGGCUCGUUCUAAUGAAGCUGGCGGUCACCCAAACCCAUGUGCACUCCCUGAAGAUGAGGCGACCGAUGAUGAGGAGGAGGAACUGGAUUUCGACACCUGGAGUUCCGCUGUGCACUACCAAGCCACUUUGGAUGACCAGAGUAAGCCCUCGUCUUCCAACGGUGCGAAUAAACGACGGCGCAUUCGUCCGGAUUCGUACUUUUCCGAUGACGAAGAAGAGCUUGUGGACGAUAGCUGACAUCCCAUCAGUGCACUGUUCCAUCACCGAGUCACUGUGUAUGACCGCCCAGAAAUGAGCUUCCAGAGUACUGUUGUGUAAAUAUACGUUGUGUUUUUCCCUUC